CCGCAAGAAGCGCAGUACUCCUGGAUGGUUGAAAUCCUGAAGAGCAGCAUCAGUUGAGCAGCACAGCAGGAGCCAUGUCUCUGCCUUUCCGAAAAGAGCUGGAGAAAUACAAGAAUAUCAAUGAAGAUGAGAUACUGAGCAAACUCUCAGAGGAUGAACUGAAACAGCUAGAGCAUGUUCUUGAUGACCUGGAUCCUGAGAACGCCUUGCUUCCAGCAGGAUUUCGGCAAAAGGACCAGACCACUAAACCCGCUACGGGCCCUUUCGACAGAGAGCGCCUGCUCUCGUACUUGGAGAAGCAAGCCCUUGAGCACAAAGACAGAGAAGACUUUGUACCAUUUACAGGGGAAAAGAAAG